GGCGGAGGCGGCAGGAGUGAGGGUUGGGAGAGGAAGGAGAGGAGAGGAAAAGGAAGGACAGGACCGGAGGAGAGAAGGGAGCUCCCGAAAGCCGCGCGGAGAGGGAGCCAAGAGCUGCGGGAAGAAGAAAGGGGACCCUGAAGCAUCCCGAGAGGGGCAGGUUGCCAAGGCGACGGCUCUGGCCAGAGCGAGGCGCAUUGACGUCAGUAGCCGAGCGGUGAUUGGCUGCGGCCGGGUCGUUUCCGGUGGAGCCGCCGCGGAGCCGCUAUCGCAGAGUAGGUCCGGCCUGGGAGGGAAGCGCCGAGCGAGCUCAGCCAGCCGCAGACUCGCAGCCGCCGCCCCGCGCUCGCCUCCUCGCGUCCCCAGAGAACGAGAACCAUGGCGUCUGGCACCUCUGCAGCCACUGAGGAGGAGCGCAGCCUCCGGGAAUGUGAGCUCUACGUGCAGAAGCACAACAUUCAGGCCCUGCUGAAGGAUUCCAUUGUGCAGUUGUGCACUGCUCGACCAGAGAGACCUAUGGCAUUCCUCAGGGAAUACUUCGAGAGGUUGGAGAAGGAGGAGGCCAAACAGAUUCAGAAUCUGCAGAAAGCAAGCACUCGUGGAGAUUCGAGAGAGGAUGAAAUCUCUCCUCCUCCACCCAACCCAGUGGUUAAAGGCCGGAGGCGACGAGGUGCUAUCAGCGCUGAAGUCUACACAGAGGAAGAUGCUGCAUCAUAUGUUAGAAAGGUUAUACCAAAAGAUUAUAAGACAAUGGCUGCGUUAGCCAAGGCCAUUGAAAAGAAUGUGCUGUUUUCACAUCUUGAUGAUAAUGAGAGAAGUGAUAUUUUUGAUGCCAUGUUUCCGCUUUCCUUUAUUGCUGGAGAGACUGUUAUUCAGCAAGGUGAUGAAGGGGAUAACUUCUAUGUGAUUGAUCAAGGAGAGAUGGAUGUCUAUGUCAACAAUGAAUGGGCAACCAGUGUUGGGGAAGGAGGAAGCUUUGGAGAACUUGCUUUGAUUUAUGGAACACCUCGAGCAGCCACUGUCAAAGCUAAGACAAAUGUGAAAUUGUGGGGUAUUGACCGAGACAGCUAUAGAAGAAUCCUUAUGGGAAGCACCCUGAGAAAGCGGAAGAUGUAUGAGGAGUUUCUUAGUAAAGUGUCUAUUUUAGAAUCCUUGGACAAGUGGGAACGCCUCACAGUAGCUGAUGCAUUGGAACCAGUCCAGUUUGAAGAUGGGCAGAAGAUUGUGGUGCAGGGAGAACCAGGGGAUGAGUUCUUCAUUAUCUUAGAGGGGUCAGCUGCUGUGCUACAGCGUAGAUCAGAAAACGAAGAGUUUGUUGAAGUGGGAAGAUUGGGGCCUUCUGAUUAUUUUGGUGAAAUAGCACUACUGAUGAAUCGUCCCCGAGCUGCCACGGUGGUGGCUCGUGGCCCUUUGAAGUGCGUUAAGCUGGACCGACCUAGAUUUGAACGUGUUCUUGGCCCGUGCUCAGAUAUCCUCAAACGAAACAUCCAGCAGUACAAUAGUUUUGUGUCACUGUCUGUCUGAAAUCUGCCUCGUGUGCCUCCCUUUUCACCUCCCCAAUCCAUGCCUCACUCGCACACUGCUUUAUUUUCCCUAUUUGCAGCACCACAUGGCCACUGGCAUUGCAGCUUCUUGUCUGUUUAUAUUAAAGUUGCUUUUAUUGCACUGUUUUUAAUUUGGAGCAUUAACUGAAUGCUCCUACACAGUUAAAUAAAUAGAGAGUUCUAUGGAGACUUUGCUGUUACUGCUUCUCUUUGUGCAGUGUUAGUAUUCCACCUGGCAAUACGUGCCAUGCUUUUUGGUGAGGGCAGAUCCCUGCACCAAAUAAUUACCAUGGAGUAAUGUUGUAACAGUGCAAGAUGUUUUUUUAAGUGAUAUAAUUUUCUAAUUAUCAUAAGCCUAUUUUAGACUGUGGCCAUUUAUGCUGUAUUUCUUUAUAGACUAAAUGGUUUCUCAUUAAGCUCUAAGGAUUAGGAAAACUGAUAUAGAAAAAAUCUUAGAAAGAUAUCUGCCUGUGUUUAAACUAGAUUAAGAGUGGGAAAAUACCCAUUUUUUUCUAGUUAUCAGAUGGAUAUGAUCUGUUAUGUUUUCUUCUUCCUUUUAACCAGAAUUUAUGUUUGUCAAGCGAAUUUGCCUGGUAUUGAUUGUAUCUUGUUACUGUUUCCUCUCCAGUUCUGAAAUACAUUUAGGUGUAGCUAUUCAUACCUGCCUUUGAGUUUGAAACUAAAUCAUAGGCUGCAAAUACUAAUUAUGAUUUAACUACAUCUGCCUCAGCUCAGAAAUUCUGAAUAGACGUUUAUUGAUCCAGCUAGUGCCAAAUGUUGAUCAUGAGAUGCUGAAUUGAGAAUGAGAAUUCCAGGUCUCCACUCUUGGUUGUUGGCUUAGAGCUUUUGGUUAGUGUACAUCUUUCAGUUGAUUCCAGGAGAUUGGAUUGCUGGGAAUAGAUAGAAUAUAUGGAGCAAAAGUCAUAACAAAGACGGAGGUGAUGUUGCUAAAAGAAGAAAUGCCAGGUGGAGAGUUCAUUGUUGGGAACUUUGCCCCACUAAAUUCACUGGGGCAAGAGAUUUUGGGGAGAAGUUUUUUACUUUGGUUUGACGUUUUCCCCUCCUUUUUACAUCAACUAGAAUUUAUGGUGGGUGGGGGUGGGGUGGGGUGUGCCUGUGUUGUUGCAAAUUGGUCUCAAAGGCCGUCCUGCUGAAAAGUUCUGCUUUCCUAUCUAGCUUUAUUCUCUGGCAGAUGUUUUGUUCUUUUAAAGUAAGCUUGUGUUUUGCGUCUUAACUGUGUUUCAGUAUUUUCCAGCCUUAUCAACUUUAUGUGUUACAUUAUUCCAUGUGCACCAAUGAUACCCAACAGUUUAUUUUUAUUAUGUUAUUUUUUUAAACAAAAUCUCUCAGUUCUGUAAUGUGGGCACUUUUAUUUUCAUCGUGAUUUAUAUGUAAUGUAGGGUUAUACUUGGGAGUGACUGCAAGCAUUUUUCCAUUUGUAUGCAACUGGCUCUGAUUACUAAUCCUUUCUCCUACCCUUUCCCAGGCCAUUUAAAAGGCAAAUUGGUCAUGGUAGAUUUUUUUGAUAGAUUUGAGCAGUUUUUAGGUUGUUACUAAGUUUGAAGUAUAAAUCUGGGAAAGAGGUUUUAUUUACCUUUUAGUGUGGGAUAGAAAGCCACCUUAUUACAAAUUUUUUAUGUUUCAAAAUCUGUAUUAAGUGAGGGUUUCUGAUCUAUAUGUUGUGUUUAGCUACCUUUUAUAUUUAAAAAAUUAAAAAUAAAAAUUACAUUCUUAUUAGCGUAAAGCUUGAUUUGAUCUUUGUUUAAAUGCCAAAACUGUACUUGAGUGAAUUAUUUAGAAUGCCAUAAAUUGCAGUUUCAUAUCUGUAUAUAAUAAUCAUGUUCACAUAUAAUGCUUCCUAAAUGAAUUUUGCUCUUAAAUAAUUUGGCUUGCUGUUUACUCCCUUUUGUAGUUUUUAAACUAAGAAAUUUUAAGUCUAAAUUUAAAAAUUAACACAUUUAAAGCUUUAUCUUUGUGCAAUCUGAGUAUAUGUGAGAUAUCACGAUGGCAUAGUUUGUCUUAGUUGAUAAUCAAGACUUUAGAAGUCAUCAUUUCUGGACUUGGUAAGUGAAUUUCUCAGAUCUAUUGCUCUAGAAAGUAUAGAUGGCCAAAGGACCAUUUUGUAUUGUUUCCUGGUUACUAGUCUGAUUAUACUGUGUGUGCUAAUAUACUCUAUUCUUUUUGUUAUAGAUUGUCUUAAUGGUAGGUCAAGUAAUAAAAAAGAUUCAAUAAUUUAAAUUCUUAAA